GUUGUCGGAUUGAUAAACUAACAAUGGACUUUAAAGGUAUCACAUGGGUUGGACAUGUCUAUCAGAAGUUCGAAGCAAUGAGCUUAGAGGUUGAAGAAAUCAUCGUCCAGGACACAGCUAAGUACGUUGAGAACCAAGUCCAGCUUGGGAACUCUGUUAAGAGAUUCUGUUCCGAUGUGGUUCAAGAUUUGCGUCCCGAUGAACCCGUUUCCACGUUACAUGAUGAAUACGCUCCUAUUUGCUCUUCCUUCAAAAAGAAAAGUGAAAGCAUGACUGAAGGGAAGAAGGAUGGAUUUGCGAUGAUGGAAUUCCGUGGUGUUGAUGCAGAUGAUUACGAUCUCUGUGCUUCUCCAAGGCAGUCUAGUUGCGAAGGUCCUUAUAGAAGGACAAGACUCGGUCGCAAACAAGGCUUUUUUAAAAAAGAAGUCACCAGGCCUUACGUACAGAAUGAGUCAAUGGUUCAUAGAACUCGUCUCAGAAAUGAUCUUGGAACUGUAAAAUCAAGUGAUCCUCCUCCUCCAGGUGAAGGAGUAGCAAGACUCAUCUCUAGUCAACACGGUCUAACAGUGGCUAGUUCUGUUAGGAAUCAAGAUUCAGAGAUUCAACCAUGUGUUGCCAUAAGCUUACCUAAAGGUUCUCUGCAUCAUUUAGGUAGGAACUCAAGGAGAUCAUAUCAGAUGAAAACUAGUUCGAGUUCUGCUGUCUCAGAGCAGAAUCCAGUUCUUCAAGAGCUUAGUGGAAGAUCAGUUGAAGAAAGCUGUAUCAUUGUGGACAGAGACGAGUUGCAUUGUGUUUUUCCUGACAAGGAGGAGAAUGCCAAACACAAAUCUUACAAGAAGAUCAGAGACGCUAUAUCUUCAAGAAUGAAGCAAAACAGAGAACAAGAAUACAAGAGACUUGCUCGUCAAUGGUACAUGGAAGAUGGUAGUAGAGAAUGUGGUGACAAUACGAAACUGAUUUGA